AAAAACGAUGGAAAGCAUGAGGAAAAGAAUUAACAUACAACUAGUGUCUAGUGAACAACGUCUCCAGAAGCUGAUAAAUCGUUCAACAUUCAAAUAUUGCACGACAUAUAACGAAAAUCUAAAUGCUGUCUCAUUGGAAAAUAAAAUAAUCGAUUUUUGUAAACCUAUUUAUAUAGGUUUUGCCGUGCUAGAUAUUUCAAAAACAUUAAUGUACGAUUACCAUUACAAUGUCAUGAAAAAACACUACGGAGACAAAAUCAAUCUCAUGUACACUGACACUGAUUCACUGGUGUAUCAUGUUUUGACUGACAACUUUUACAACGACUUAGCACACAAUUCCAACUUGCUUGACCGAAUGGACACGGCAAAUCUUCCGAAAGACCAUCCGUGUUACAUUGCUGACCGUAAGAAAAUCCCGGGUUUGUUUUCUGACGAGACGGAUGGACUCGUUAUGACAGAGUUUUGUGCUCUCAGAGCCAAGUCUUAUGCAUAUAAGAUCAAUGGGAAGGAAAAAAUCAAAGCCAAGGGAAUCCGUGGGCAUGUGGUAAAGAACCACAUGACAUUCAAUGACCAUUAUCGUUGUCUGUUUGGUGAAGCCGGCGUGGAGGCGUACCGAGAGAACGUUUCAAUCCGAUCAUUCAAACACCAGCUCAAGACCAUAAAGUCAGAUAAGUUGACAUUUAACAGCUAUGAUGAUAAAAGGGUGAUACUAGAAGAUAAAAUUCAUACCUUGGCUUACGGACACUAUAGUUUAGAGAAAGACGAACUUGAAUCUGAGGAGACUGUUAAAUGGCCUGAUCAUGAGUUUCCAGUACACGUUGCUGGGCAUGAGUGGGAUGAAUCGGAUAAAGAUUUAAUGAGAUUACUUCUAAGGGAAUGCAUGUCUACAUAAUUAAAUACUGUAUAUAUUUCUAAUUUGUAAAUACUAUGUAUAUAAAUUUGUAUAUUGAAAAUAUUAUCAUGUUAUAUAUUUUAAAUACUUGAUAUAGAUUAAUGUUUAGUUUGUAAAAUACCAUGUAAAAUACCAUGUAUAUUUGUUAUAUUGUAAAAAAUACCGUGUAUAUAAACUUGUAAAUAUUCUAACCUUCUUGUAACCAUGUAUAAAUAAAAA